AUGGCCAGCAAACAGGCCGCCGAUGCCAUAGCCGCGGCACAGGCUGCACCGGACCAGGCGGCUGCCUUCGACUCCCUUCUGAAGAACGUGAAGGGCCUCUCGUCGCCAGCAACCAUAUCCUCGGACCUCAAAGCAAUACUGGACGCCAUCUUCGCCGCCUCGUUCGGCCUCGUGGCCGUCCGGCAGCUCGUUACCGACCUCAUAGCUGUCCUGAAGGACUUCAACAACCACGACCUGUGGAUCGAGAUCGGCCAGUACGCCCUCAACAUCCUCUCCACCCAGCAGUCGACCUUCCACGACCAAGCCGCCGCCUUCCGGGAGCUCAUCGCUGAGGGCCACGAGAGCAACGAAGACAACCUAGAGGCCGCCAAGGUUCUGGCCGAGAUCCCCCUGGACAGUGCCCAGCGCAAGAUCACCAACGAAGACCGCGCCAAGAUCUGGAUCCGAAUCGUCCGCAACUACCUCGAGGUAGACGACACCACCACGGCCGAAACCUACCUCAACAAGCUCAAGAACAUCAUCUACACCGUCAGCGAUCCCACGCUGAACCUGCAUUUCAAGCUGUCGCAGGCCCGCAUCCAGGAUGCGAAGCGCGCCUUCCUGUCUGCAAGCCAGGCCUAUCACGAGAUCAGCUUCUCCACCGCCAUAUCGGAGGAAGAGCGCUUGCUCACCCUGAGCAUGGCCAUCAAGUGCGCCAUCCUCGCCCCGGCCGGUCCCCUGCGAAGCCGGGCUCUGGGCAGGUUGUUCAAGGACGAGAGGGCGGCAACCUUGGACGAGUUCAGCAUCCUGGAGAAGAUGUUCUUCGACCGCUUAUUAGCUCCGGCCGAGGUGGACAAGUUUGCGCAGGGCCUGGCUCCGCAUCAGCUCGCCACCACGUCGGAUGGAUCCACCGUCCUGGCCAAGGCCGUCGUAGAGCACAACCUGCUGGGCAUCUCGCGGCUGUACAGCAACAUCGGCUUUGAGGCUCUCGGCCUACUUCUGGGUCUGGACCCGGAGAAGGCCGAGGACACGACGGCCAAAAUGAUCGAGCAGGGCCGGCUGGUUGGCCGGAUCGACCAGAUCGAGGAAAUCAUCUGGUUCGAGGGGGGCGAAGCGUCCGGUGAAAAGGGCAGCGGUCGGGCCGAGGUCACCGUGGGCAAGGAGAUGAGACGAUGGGAUGCGAAUGUGCAGGGUCUGGCGGAGGAGGUUGAGAACGUCACCAAUGCUCUCCAGAAGGAGUUUCCAGAUUUCGUCAUUGCAAACCUGGUGGUAUGA